UUGAUACCAAAUACGAGUUUGUAAACUGUCUGCUAAAAAGAAUUUUCAAAAACUUUUCUGAAAAUGAAUUCAAACGUUUUUAUUUUUGGUACCAAAGAAAUUUUACCAACAGUUAAACCAAAUUAUACGAUACAAUUAAAAGAUGAAAUUUAUGCGAUACAAUGGUCACCUUUUGAUUGGUCUCAAGAUUUAAUUUGUAUCGCAUAUACGAAUACUGUUUGUGUAGCACAUUGUGAAUUAAAUCAUGACACAGACUCACUAGAAUUUAAGACAAUACAUGAAUUCCAUCAUAAUACGAGAGUUCAUUGCUUAGCCUGGUCACCGGCAACCGUUUUAAACGUUAUACCGAAAUGUGUUUCAUUUUGUGCUGGAGGUAGUGACUUUAAAUUACAUGUAUUUGAAAGUGAUUUAGCUGAAAAUCAUAAUUGUAAGAUAUUAUCCGGACAUUGCGAUUAUAUUAACGAAAUCAGUUAUGAACCGGAUAAUCGUUGGUUGGCAUCUGUAAGUGAUGACCACACAUGUCGACUUUGGAGUGUCGAAGAUGAUUAUAACUGUGAUGUAGUAUUUCAAUUAACAUCACCAGGAAUAAGUGUUGGAUGGCAUUCAGAAGAUACGGGAAAGUUAUUAGUUGCAGAGCGUAUAGGCAUAGUUCGAUUAUAUAAUGCGAUUUCUCAAUUACCGAUUUUAUCGUUAGAAGCAAACGAUACACUCAGUUCAGCACAUUGGUGUCCAACGGACUCUCAAAAAGUUACAGGAUUUACAGGUGAAAAAUUGUUGAUAUGGGAUUUAACUAAACCAAGUCGAUUAAUUGAGAGUAAUUCAUUACAUUCAGAGAAAGCAGGUUUAAUACGCUUCAAUUCAUCUGGUGAAUUAGUAGCGACAUUAAGUUUAGUUGGUGGUGUUUUAAAAGUAUCUCAUGUAUUAUCUAAAGUUGUUUUAUUAUCAGCGAAUAUAAAACUUCCUACAGGACUCACUUGGCAUCAAAGAUUACCUAUUGUUACUGUAGCCGAUGACACAAAACUUUGUUGCUGGAAAUUAAUAGCUAAAUAAAUAAAUUUCUUGAUAAUAA